AUGGGGCGUGCUUCGAUCAAGAUUAAUCCAGGUGAUUCUCAAAGGAGUGAGCAUCAGAAAGGUCAGAAUUCUGAGGACUAUAAAAGAUUAGAAAGACGAUGGAGAAGAUGGGAGCUUUCAAAUGAACGUUUGAAGCACAAUCGCGGUGGCAGUGCUACAAAAUCAACUGUGAAGGAUUGUGGAAAUAUGACUAUUUUAACAGGAAAAAAUGGUCAUAUAUCAGAGGAUGAAAUAGAUGAAGAUUACAAAAUGUUUUUGGAUACCUAUGUUUCUGAUAAUGACAUCAGCGCUGGCCACAACAGUAAUAAUAAUGAUGAUUACGAUCCUCAUUACAAUAUGUUCUUGGAGAAUUUGAGGGAAGAAAGGGGUUCCUAUUUAUACUCUUGUUCUGCAGAAAACAAGUCUGUUCAUAAAAUGGACCGGGGUCAAGCAGAAGAUCAGUUGCAUAAGAUGACAAAGGGUUUAAAACUAAACGAUGAGACUGGAAACCUAAGAAAUAAGGGGAGUGAUUCAACGAGAAAACAGACUGGUUGCCCAAUGGGAUCUCAGCAGAAUUCAGAGACUGAAAGAGGACCUUGUAACACAAGGCCACAUCAACAUGUUUGUAAAGUCCCCAAGAGCAUUUUCCACAGUAAUGUGGGAUUACAUGAUGUGGAUGAAGAUUACCAGAUAUUCCUGAAUUCUUGUAGGAUAGAAGAUGAUGAUUUGGUCUAUAUGGGUAGUGAAUUAAUAGGAAAGAGUUCAACUGAUAGGCAAAAUUCACAAGUUUCUGAUCAUGUAUCUGGUACUCCUGAAGUGCCAAAUGAAAUUGAUGAUGAUUACCAACAAUUCCUGAAUUUUGUUGAGAUUGUUGAUGGUGAUUUGGUUUAUAUGCCUGAGAGGAUUAUCUCAAAGACAGACAAUGUGGAAGGUGGCAGUAAUUCCUCAGACUCAGAUCUUAUUCUUCUAGAACCUAAUCAAAUUGAUGAGAACACUCCAUUUGUUUCUUCAAAAACAUAUGAUGCAUCUUGGUUUGAAAAUAAAAUGAACCACGGAGACAGCUGGCAAUUCUCUGCUUAUGAUCAUUCUCAGUUUAGGAGAAGACUCAUGCAAGAUAUUCUAAGACCGUAUGACCAAGAAGAAUGUGAUAGACUUAUGCAUGAAGUACGUCAGAAAAGGCAAAAGGAACGCCAUGUAGAAACACGUCAGGGGGUGGUUAAGUCUUAUCACACCAAGGGUGUCAAUCAAUCAUAUCUUGAGUUGUACCCUGGUAGGUCCAGUGUUUCCUAA